AUGCGCUGCGCUGGGGGAGGGGGCUCAGCCCCGGCCCCCGGCGCGCUGGCGUCGGCUCCGGGGGGGGCGCUGCGCGGCGGCCGGACCGGGGGCGCGCCGCGGCCGCAUCUCCUCUGCCCGCCGCGGCCGCCGCUGCGACUCGCGACUCCGCCACCUCCGCCCCCCCUCGGCAACCCCCCCACCUUACCGAGCCGGGCCGGAGCGGCGCAAAACCUGGCCCGGAGCUUGGGCGGCGCGGAACGGAAGGCGGAGCCGGGUGCUGGGUCGCGGCCCCGGCUGGGGCCUGGGAAUCCCCCGGGGGUUCGGAAAGGGCAGCUCCGAUUGGCUGAGACUGCCUGUGACGUCAGGGCCUCCCCGACGCCCCCUCCCCCAAGGCACGUGGGGGUGGCCGCCUCAGGGGAGGGGCUCGGGGUCCGGGCGGAUUCGGGGUGUCCCCCUAGUCUGAGCCGGCAGCUGGGCAGCCCAGACGCGAUUCUCCUCGGACAGAUUUUUCACUCGUCCCAAAUCCCCCUCCACCUCCCCCCAGAACGGCAGCUGUUCCGGCGGCAGAUGCGCUGGCUAAAUCCGCCCAGCUGGUCCUUCCGCAGACCUAACCAACCUAGAGCCAGUGAGCGGGUAGGGGUGUGCCUGUGCGUGUGCGGCUUGGCCUUGACCUAUCCCUGCCCCUUGCCCUUUGACCCCUGCCCGCUGCAGGCAUUUUGGGGGACUCCUCACCUCAGGUUCAAAAGCACUCCUGGGACCCUGGGGGACCUGGUGCCCAGAGAGAGUGUGGCUCUUUCCCGAAAUGACACAGCCACCCCUAGGCCUGCUGCCUAG